UACACACACACAUGAAAUGUUAGCCCGCAAUCUGACCACAGAGGUUUCUCCACGUUUCUUUCUAUUUCCCUCUCUCGGUCUGUCACUCGUCCACAUGUGAUCCUGGAACACUGGACUACUCCUCUACUCCUCCUGCUGUGGGACUUAAGUGAACAUAAAGCAAGUUUUCUUCCGUGGCUUCAUGAUUCUGUUCAUCUGGGGAUUAUCAAAGGACACCUCUCUUGUCUUUAAUUGUGACUGUGUGUAAGUUAGUGUCCUGUGCCAUGCCCGUCGCCCGUUGUUUCGAAACAAGCGGCAGUGGGUGAGCAUGAAGGGGGGUCACCAUAAGAGGGGGUGUGGGUGUCAACACCUGUUCCAAAAAGUGCUGGCCAAGUGUGGCUGCUGCUACGCUAGAGUCCGAGAGUCGUACUCAGUGGCUGGCAGUGAUGGAAGCAUCACCCCCUCUAUAGGAUCCAUGCUCCCCCAGGCCACUGGGACCUUAAGCCCCUGCACUCCAUCCGCCCCUGGAGGGUCACAGCACUCCGUCAGCACCCUGAAGAACUGGCUCACCAACCCCGUCUGUAAGCUGAGUGUGGGGGGAGGAGGAGCUGGGCGUGGAGUAGCGGGGGAGAGGCAGGUCUACAAGACAGACGGAAAGCAGCCCUCUUCCCCCCUCUUCCACAUUCAGGCCCUGGGAAGGCCUGUGGAGCAGGGAGAGAAGUACACUGAUGGAGAACUGGUUUGGAAUGGUGGGUUGUUGAGUCCAGCAGCAUUCUCUCCAGCACAGCCACUCUGCCUUAACUACCUAUCUGACCUGCACCAGGACAAGGACACACGCAGUCUGAACGCUGAAUCUUCCACCAAUCUCCCAGAAGAAGAUUACUCCUCCCAAAUUGAUGACUCAACCAGCCAGUGGUCAGCCACAAUGGACAGUGAGGAGGAGAGAAGGAAUGCCUUAGAGAAGAGCAUAUACGUCUUGACAGAGCUGAUAGAGACAGAGAAGCUUUAUGUAGAGGACCUGGGACUCAUAGUAGAGGGCUACAUGGCCAAGAUGACCAGUCAGGGAAUUCCAGAGGACAUGAAGGGCAAAGACAAGAUAGUGUUUGGAAACAUCCACCAGAUCUAUGACUGGCAUAAAGACUAUCUACUUGGGGAACUAGAGAAGUGUGUGGCUGAGCCUGACCGACUGGCCCAACUCUUCAUCAAGCAUGAGCGGCGUCUCCACAUGUAUGUCGUCUACUGUCAGAACAAGCCCAAGUCAGAGCACAUCGUCUCAGAAUAUAUUGAGACCUACUUCGAGGAACUGAGACAACAGUUGGGCCAUAGACUACAACUCAAUGACCUGCUCAUCAAACCAAUACAAAGGAUCAUGAAAUAUCAACUACUGCUCAAGGACUUCCUGAAGUACUACACCAAAGCAGGAAGGGACACUUCAGAGCUGGAGAGAGCAGUGGAGGUGAUGUGUUUUGUGCCCAAGCGCUGUAAUGAUAUGAUGAAUGUGGGCAGGCUACAGGGCUUUGAGGGGAAGAUUACAGCCCAGGGGAAGCUGCUCCAGCAAGACACUUUUACAGUCAAUGAGUUAGAUGGUAGUUUCCUGUCCCGUGCCAAGGAGAGGCGGGUCUUCCUGUUUGAACAGCUGGUCAUCAUCAGUGAGCCAAUUGACAGAAAGAAGGGCUUCUCUCUGCCAGGUUAUACCUUCAAAAACAGCAUCAAGGUCAGUUGUCUGGGUGUGGAGGACUACCGUGAGGAAGACCCUUGUCGCCUUGUCCUCACGUCCCGUGGCCCUGAUGGGAGCGUGACACGCUUCGUGUUGCAUGCGUUUUCCCCAGAGACCAGGAGAGCGUGGGUCAACGAUGUGGUGCAGAUCCUUGACACCCAAAGGAACUUCCUCAAUGCUCUCCAGUCUCCUAUAGAGUACCAGCGCAGGGAGAGUAAGUCCAACAGCCUGGGAUGUGCCAUGAGGGCUCCAGUGGCAGCAACGUCUGGCCUGCGACCCCACUCAUCUGCCUCCAUUGACCGCCAACGGCUACCCUUCCUGCGCUCCCACAACACCUCUUUGCCAUCCCUGCAUCUACCCAGUCAGGGACACCCUGUAGACACCAAGUCCACAAUGUACCUUAGCCCUGCAAUGCCCCGUCCCUCCAAUCUCCCGCAGACCAGCCCUCUGUUCCUAGAGGACAGACCCUGCCAGGUGGUGUCUAACGGAUUGUGCCCCUCUACCCAGCACAGCUUGCAGAGUGUGACUGACAGUUACCGUGGAGCCAUGCCUGGUGAGGGAGGGGCUUAUGCAUUCCAUAACCUGGAUCAGCUGACAGAGUUAUCUCUGUAUGAGCAUGAGUGCUGAUGACCUAUAAUGACCUUUGACCUCACAAAUUCAAUGAAGACGGUAGGGUGAACGUGCCCCUAGAUGGCCGACUUAGGUCAGUUUUGCCUUUCACACAAUAAUAGCUAUGGUUAAGUUUGGGGACAGAGAAGUUGAUGAAAGAUCUGUACCUAGGGAAACAUUCACCCUGGAGUCAAAGAGGGGCAGUUUAACAGGCUCCUGGCUAACCUGGCUUUACUACACCAAGGAUAGGACUGCCAGUUCAUGGAGCUUCACUAUCAACACACUUGUGAUUACCCUAAUAUUGCUAUAUACAGUAUAUAUACAGUAUCUCACAAAAGUGAGUACACCCCUCACAUUUAUGUAAAUAUU